AUGUCUUGGCGAAUACGUACCAUGUUAUGGCAAAUGCCUAUCAUUCAUAUCGUGGUGAAUGUCUAUCAUGUCGUGGUGAAUGCUUUUCAUGCUGUGACGAAUGCCUAUCAAGUCAUGGUGAAAGCUUACCAUGCUGUGACGAAUGCCUAUCAUGUCGUGACGAAUGCCUAUCAUGUCGUGGUGAAUGCUUUUCAUGCUGUGACGAAUGCCUAUUAUGUCAUGGUGAAAGCUUACCAUGCUGUGACGAAUGCCUAUCAUGUCGUGACGAAUGCCUAUCAAGUUGUGGUGAAUGCUUAUCAUGUCGUGACGAAUUACUAUCAUGUUGUGGCAAAUGCCUAUCAUGUUGUGACGAUUACCUAUCAUGUCGUGGCGAAUACGUACCAUGUCGUUGCGAAUGCCUAUCAUGUCGUGAUGAUUGCCUAUCAUGUCGUAGCGAGUACGUACCAUGUCGUGGUGAAUGCCUAUCAUGUCGUGACGAUUGCCUAUCAUGUCGCGGUGAAUGCUUUUCAUGCUGUGACGAAUGCCUAUUAUGUUGAGGUGAAUGCCUAUCAUGUCGUGGCGAAUGCUUACCAUGCUGUGACGAAUGCUUAUCAUAUUGUGCUGAAUGCCUAUCAUGCUGUGACGAAUGCCUAUGCUGUCAUGAUGAAUGCAUACCAUGCUGUGACGAAUGUAUAUCAUGCUGUGACGAAUGCCUAUCAUAUCGUGACGAUUGCCUACCAUGUCUUGAUAAUUGCCUAUUAUGUCUCGACAAUGUCUAUGAUGUCGUGGUGA